AUGCAACAUCUCAAUUUCAAAGGAACCAAGAAAGGAUCAGCUAGUCCUUCCCACUCCCUGCCCACAUCACCAGCUGCCUCCAAGAAAUCUAGUCCUACUAAAGAACCGCCCCUGUCUCCGGGAUCUGUCAAUACUUCCCCAAAGAGAGGCCUGCCAUCAGGUGAACAGAAUCUGAUCCGUAUCUGGGCGGAUCAGAUAGACGGAGGUGUCGAGGGUUACAAAGGUUUCCUGAUCUCACCAGAUACCACUGCUAGAGAACUCCUGGUCACUGUUCACAGCAAACUUAAUCUUCCUGGGACUGAUAAGGACUUUUUCCUCUGCGCUAAAUUCUUUCAAUCCUCUAUAUCAGAUCGACCCCUAAUGGAUACAGAUAGACCUCUUUUUCUCCACGAGGAUUGGGAUGCCAAUGAAAAUUACAGAUUUGAAGUCAGACAGAAACCGAAAGCUAUUAUGAUGGUAUUUGGGGACGAGCAGCUGCACUUCUCCAAAAACCCCUUCAGAAGAGGAGCUGCUGAAGUUGCUGAAGAUGCCACCACCGCCAGAAUAAUAUCUGAACUUGUCAACAAAUACCAGUUAGAUCCUUGCCAGAGAUAUCAUCUGAUGGAACGGCGUCCUAACUUCGAUCGAGUACUGAGAAGUACGGACUGUCCCGUUUUACUACAGAGAAAGUGGCUACCAUUCGAAGAUGUCAAAUUCGUUCUAGGUCUCUCACCUUCGACUCCUGAGUCAUUUGGUCAGCUAGCGGCUCCCAGCCAAUUCUCCUCAAAAGUGUCCAGCUCAGGAAUGCAGGAAUCCAACACAGAUUUCACAACCGUCACACCAUUUAGCAGUGUGGUUUCCCAACAACAACAGAACAGAUUCCCAUUCGAACCCUCCAGCUCUUCAAUAGGAACAAUAGAAACACUGGGUCCUGGCGAGGUUCCUGAUUUCGAGUCAGCUGACCUGUUCAACUAUUCUGAUGCCACCUCUCCGAGAUCGUUGGAAAUUCCAGAAGAAUUCCCGUUGCUUGAAGAAGACCUGUCGGGACAUCUUGAGUUGGGUAAUCAGGAAAUAGACUCCAGACAACAGAAGAUAAGCUCAGGGUUUGAGGAGAUGCAGAAUAGAUGGCUGGGAUUGCAACAUCCUCCUGAAUUCCGUUUUAUCAAAAGGUCCUCCUCGGGAGACAUUGAAGGAAUAGAAGAGCACUUGUUCGCAGAUCUGCACGCUGAUCUACUUGCUCACGGAUCCCCUCCCGCUCUAGAUGCCAACAGUUUCGUUCACAGCGAGUUUCUAGACAGUUCCGGUACCCCAAUAAACCAAUCCUACACCAACUCAGACUUCUACACCCCUUCACCGAGACACAAUAAAAUGGACCAGGAGUCUCCCGAGUCAAGUUACUCAACAGACUACGACAAGCCCGCUCUAAAUAUUACUAGUCAGUCCUUCCGGAUGAGUUUCGGGACCUCUAACGGCAGUGACGGUGAAUCGGAUCCUGAGCUGUUCAUUACAGCUAAGAGUGCGUUAGAACAGAGCUCAUGUUGUUCAGAUAGCGGGGUGAACGUGAGCGAUGGAAGUAGCUACCGUCCUGCUGAUCACGAGAGUUUUGAGGAGCAAGACGAGGAUCUCACCAUCCCCGUCUUCAACAUCACCUCCCCAACCACAGACCUAGAACAUUCUAUCAGGGGCAGCUCCGAAAACGAGAGACAGCCUCCUUCAGGAUCGGAGUGCAGCACUCCCAGGAAACUGUCUGUGGCUAGCCAUGGUAAUCCUCUUCAUGAGAUGAGUUGGGAUAACUUUGACAUCGGUAGAAACGACUUUGAGACUGAUGAGGAGUAUGAUAAAUAUUUGACUCAUGUAAAAGCUCAAGCGGAGUUGAAACACAAAAAUGUGGAACUGAUUGGUGACUAUAGUGCUGUUUCUGACAGCGAAACUGUUGAGAUCAAUAACGACCAUUCUAUUAAUAAUACUGCCGACAGUCAAGAUAUAACGAUUCUCCAAGAUUCCAUGUCUGCCCACAACGAAAUGUCCGAUAAGGAUAAUGUUUACGACACUUCAGUGGAGGACUCAGACAUCAGCUUCCCUACUGAAGCCGAUUUUCCAACAGAUAUAAGUUUCCCAGCUGAUCAGAUUGAAACAGAUAUAAGUUUCCCAGCCGAUCAGAUUGAAACAGAUAUAAGUUUCCCAGCUGAUCAGAUAGAAGAUGACAUGAAAUCACCCAGAGAAGAUGAUAUGAAAUCACCCGAGGCUGAUGGACUACCCAUGACUGAAAGUCUAGCUCUUCUCGCUGAAACUAAAAAGUUGUACAGUGCUUUAGAGGAAAAAACAAGUUUACUGGAGGAAAAGUAUUUUAGUCCUGAAAAGAUGAAGUGCGCUCUCAGUGACCCUAUGGGUUCUUUUGUCCUUGAAGAACAAGACGAGCCCUAUCAUGAACAGAAAGAACAUUCUGUUAGCGAUGACCGACCUGUUUAUGAACUACAACAACAGUUUGUUGAAGAACUGCAGCAGCAAUUUGUGGAUGAACUGCGAAAACCGGUUGACGAUGGACAACAGAAACAGUUUUCUAAUGAUAUAGCCAAGCCAGAUGAGAGUGACCUCUCUGAAGGGGUGUCAGAACAAAAAGCCGGGUUGAUAUCUAGAUCAAUAGAAUUUUUUGAACAAUGUGCCCAGUCGUCAUCCACUGAUUCGUCUCCUACUAAACCCAAUGAGAGGCUGAUGAAAGGAACCCCUCCCAAGACCCCCAGUAAAGCUCAGAAACUAAAGAAAACUCGUCGGCCCUCCAGACCGAGAUCGACUGAUGAUACCUCUUCUCAAGCCUCAGAUAGAUCUUUGAAACGUGAUCCUCUCAUUCAAUCUUCUAGUAUUGAUGAGGAUUGUGUUGAUAUUCCUGAAGUUAUUGCUGGAACUUUGGCCCCAGCUGCUAAACGUCCGAAAAGUCCACCUAAACUGCUACCAAAACCAAAAAGUCCUAGUGUUAAGUCUAAGUCCCCGAUUGAAAGCGGAAAUGAUAGUAUGGAUUGUAAAGUGGCUGUGGAUGGAGAUCCAACAGUACCGAGCCCAGACUUUUCGAAUGAGGGUCUGACAAAACAAAGGUUAGACGCUAUUGUCCCCUGCAAAAUAACGCGGAGACCCCAUCAUAAAUCAGGAACUUCGCUAUCUCAGCCUUCCAUCGAGACUGGUACCACGGAAAUUUCUAGAACAACAGCAUCCACAAAUUCUACUGCCAUUCUACGCGAGUCUGUCGACAAUCUCAGAUUUGAAAUUGACGAACUUGUCAAUGACUGCGGGGAGAGUUUUGCUACUUCGUUAGAUACAGACAGGCAUUGUUUUAGCGAUUCAACGUACAAUCAGAGCCUGCAAAACAACUCUAACGUUUAUGAUGACACUCUUGUCAGUGAUUCCGAUGAAAUUAUCUCGUCUGAAUCAGAUUUCUCCAACCCAGUUAUUCUCGAUGAAUACUGCUCAGAUCCUGAAGCAGCAGCAUGUGAGCUGGAGGAGUUGUUCCAAUCCUAUCUGCCUGGUCCACCUGAGAAUAGGGGGACUGUGGGAAUAGAGGUGACUUAUCACUCGGACAAAUCCGAUUCUGAGGAUAUACAUUAUGAAGAAUGUGAAAUAAGUGAGUCUCCUUUCGAUGAAAACACUCAUGUUAUUGAACCAGAAGAAGUUCCUGAUGUUAAUUCUGUUCUCAUACUAUAUAACUCCAAUGUUCAGGAACAUCCUCAUCUUCAGAAUCAUGUUAUUGAGGUAGCUUCUACACUCAGUGACACCGAAUCUAUGUCACUCCAGCUUGUAGAAUGUCUCUCUAUCACAUCAGUUGACGAAGUGAUUCCCGUCAUUGAAACGACUGAAGUGAUACAAGUCGACUGCCUCCAAACAGAUGUGUUAUCUGACUGCCAGAGUGUCUCCUCGGCAUCUAAGUAUAUGGUGGAUGAGGGUGAAGCUGUCAUGUCUGACGUGGAGUCGGUUCCUGACUGGCUUGCAUCAGACACAGAAGAGUUUACAGAUAUCCUUAGUCAACAUAUGAGUAGUCCUCUUGGGGUACAAGUUGACACAGGUGCUGGCUCUUCUUUGAUUUGUUUAAAUGGUGAUGAGGGUUCAGCUGAUAAUGAACAGGAUUCUACGGACUACAUAGACGUCUCAGAUCCUUUUGAUAACACGUUUGUCAUUGAAGAGUUGUCUCUUAGUGCACUGAGUGAAACCAAACCAGAGCCAAAAUCAGACCAGAUGAAACAUUCUGAGGUCACCACCUGUGAGGAAGAUUCUUGGUCACCAUCUGAAUCAAGCGAGUCUAUCCGCAAACCACUGGUUCGUAAACCAAGUAUAGUUGACGAUCUCAUGGACCGAUACCUAAGUCCCCCUGGAGAUCUUGAUUUGAAAUUAGGGAUAAAGGAGCACGUUCCCGGAUGUGAAAACUUUCCUGAGGACCAGGAGCCAGAAGAGAUAGACACAGUGGCUAAUGACGAACCAAUACUUCAACAAAGUCAAGAGAAUAAGCUGAUUGAAGAGUUCUCGCAAACUGGCGAUGUGGAAAUUAAACUUAAUAGACCAAAUCGUGCUGAUUCGGAUGAUAUGGAUUCUUUCUACGACGAUGACUUCCAUGAUGACCCUUCGGAAACAGUAGGACAUGGUGACACGAGAUAUCCUAAUUUGCCUUCAGUUGAAAUAGAAAGUGAAAGUGAUUAUCAUGGUGAUAUCAAUAUUCGAUACAAUUCACUCGACAUUGUCCAGCAUCCGUGCUGUCCUUCAACUGAACCUGAGACAGAAACAGACACUGGAGACUUUCACACUCCUCAGCCAACCGAACAUGAAACCGAAAGUGAUUCCGAAAGUGAACUUGAUUCCCCAGAUCCCAGAUACAGAUCACCACAUGCCAGGCCCGACAACUCUUACGGUGCUGCUUAUGAUGACUUAGAAACCUCAGAAUCAGAAACCUCCGAAUCUGAAGUUUCCGAGUACGAGACUUUAAAUGGAAACUACCGACAUCUGUGUUCUAGACUUGAUAAGUUGAGGACCACCUUCAAGAAGGAUAAGUUUAACAGGAUCCUGGAUCUGGAGCAAGAUGAAGCUACUGGGUUGACAUUAUACGAGAUAAAACUCCCGUGUAUUACCGAGGAGGAUGAUUGUGAGGAGUUACCCUCCGAUCAGAUCAACAAAAUGAUGCCUCAUGCCGACUUGAAACGUCAGUACAAAAACUUGCUGACUGAAAUAGAGGAGACCAAACCGAAGCUCCGGCAACUCGAAGUCUUGCAGUCUGAGUUGACGUCUAUGCAAAAAGCGUACCAUGAUCUGAAGGAGCAAGCACUUCGCAUGAGUAUAGAACAAGAUGCCCAGAAAUCUCAAAUUGAUGAGGAGAUCAAGAAGCUCAAGAACUCAAAUCAAGAUCUCAUCAAAAAGAACAAGGACAGUAAAGCUGAAGCUGUGGUGUCUACCAUUAUGGAGCUAGAGAAGUUGUACAGCAACAGAAUCAUGGCACUGGAGAAGGCUCUGGAACAGAAGGAUGAUAUGGUCAAGGACCUGGAGGAACAGAAUAGGAACAUGAUGACUCAGUUGAACGUCACCAGACGACAGUCAGUGCAGCUGGAAACAGCCAACACUCUCCUUCACAAGAGGAACGAGGUGCUGGUGGUCGAGAAACAGGACGGGGAGAUCAAUCCUGCUGACUAUUUCGACUCUGAUAAUGAGCGACUUGCUCUUCUAGCCAAACAAUGUGACGCACUACAACAAACCGUGUCAUCUUUGGAGGGGACCCUUUUGUUGAGAGUAAAGGAGCUGAACGAGACGUACGAGGAUCUGGAUACCAUGAGAUCAGAUCUUAGAAUAGCUGAGGUGGCGAGAAUCGAAGCAGAGGCACAGUUGGAUGUCAACAAACGUGAGGUUUCAAGACUCCACAACGUCAACGAAGAGUUUGCCGAGGAAAUAAAACAGAAGAUUGCUGAGAAUGGUAAACUGGAACAAGAAAACCGGCACCUGAUCGAGAACAUCGAGUCUCUACAAUUGGAGUACGAUGAUUGCAAGGCUAGGGUUGGAAGACUGGAGAACGCAUUACUCGCCCAAGAAAAGGCACUUGAAGCUAUCAAAAACUCGGAGAAAUCAGCUAAAACGGAGCUGACAAGCCUUGAGAAGGAUCUAGAAGUAGCUAACCAGAACCAAAGGAAAAAAGAGGACGAAGUGAGAAAGUUAAAGAAAGAGGUCGACAAAGCAAAGAAAGGAAGCAGCAUGUACAACCUUUGUAACGUUCUCAAACCCGGUGAGACCCUGGAGCUGGUGUCUGUGGACCUCCCUGCGGUGACUCAGCAGAUACCCAGAGGUAUUUAUUUUAAACAAGGACAACACGGUGUGUACGUAGACAAGGUAGACGUUAACAGCUCUGCUGGGAAGACUCACCGACUAGCUGGUGGAGACAGAGUUGUGGAGAUCAAUCUGAACGACGUCUCCAAUGGGUCCUUUGAAGCAGUGAGUAAAGACAUGGAUUCUCCACGAGCUAUGCAGCUUGUUGUUGCAAGAGUAGCUCCUGAUGUUAGAGUGGAGAGUAAGUUGAGAGCAGAGGCUCUAAAGGAUCAGAUCAAGGGUCUAGUGAUGGAUCUGGAUAAAACUGCUAAACACUGCCAGGAGUUACAGGGUGAUGCUGCUGAUCUCAAGGACGAACUGGCUAAUGUAAAAGCAAAACAGAAGAGCGAGAUAAGCUCACUCAGCAACCAGAAGACGGCUGAAGAAAUGCAGAACCUCAAAGCGUUGCUAGCCCAAAAGGAGCAGUACUUGAAGACCCUAGAGACAACAGUAAGAUCGAAGAACGAGCUGCUUGUAACAAUGGAGAUGGACCACCAUCGUACACCCAGAUCAACACCUAACUCCUCGCUUCACCAGAGCACUAGCUUCAGUCCUGGACUCAGCAGCACCACUAGAGAACCCAGAACCUCUACAUCCGGCAAACCUAACGGCAAUGUUUCCAACCCAAAAGACGAGUCUACUGUUUCAGAACUUGUUAACAGAUAUGGUAACUGAGAACUUUGACAAUUGUAAGCUUACCAUUGGGACUGAGCUGUCAUUAAUAUUUUUUAGAUAUUUGAAUUCUAAUCAAGGAUACUUGAUAUCGUUUUGCAGGUCAUGCGAAUGAUUUGAACCUUGAAGGUAUAAAACAUUUCGCUGAAUUUUAACUCAUUAAAUUGUUAUCUAUGUAGAAUUAGAAGUUUUAAGCAAACUGUUACAAUUCCCUUACAAGACAAAUAAAAUGACGUCCAGACUACAGAGUGUAAAUAUAAUAUGAAAUAUAUUACUAAUUGUAUGAUAACAGUGUAUGAUAUUCACUUAAUUUCAG